GAAAAAUUUAGGGGAAGCUCUGAUGCGUGGUGUUGCGUUUUCAUGUAAACGAAAUCAGCGAGGAGUAGAUAUCAUCAUACCUAUAUAUAUUGGCACUCUUAAUGAAAAGCUUAACGAAGAUCGCAUUUCAUACAUACUAAUACAAGUUAAAAAUUGGACUACGAAUAAUAAAGGCGAUGAUUACCCACUCUCUGCAACAGCAAAGCUGUCACCAUCAUAUAUAGACAUUGAGGAACUUCCGCAUAUGCCGUUUUUGUCGUUGUAUUUGCAAUUAGGCGCAACAGGAGAGUUUGUUGACGUCCCAACAGAGUUUAUUCAAACACGUCAAGUCAAGUUAUGUAAACGUAAAAUCGAAGGAGUGUUGGAAGAUUAUCAAGCAAGUGAUACCGAAACGAGAAGUGAAUUUGUCAAGAAGAUUAGAAUCGACGGCGAUAAGGAUAUCUCAAAUGCCGAAGUUACAGCGUUCAGGGAGCAUUUUCAGACGCCACUUGCAUUAUUUGGAUUAUCUCCGAACAUCUACAGUUGUUUAGAGCACUCUACACCAGUUUCUGCAACCUCACCACCAACUAUCGCUAAUGAUCUUGCAAAUAACUUUAAACAAUUGUUGACUGCUUGGGUUGACCCUACAUUAGGGGAACAUCCAGAAGAAAUGACAAUAAUUAAACGUAUGGAACCAUUAGUAUACAAUAUGGAGGA